UCUCGCGCCUCUUCAUUUCAUCAAUCCCAUCCCUCUCUCUCUAUAGUUUCUCUCUCUUCAACCACAGGACGACGAACUAGACCGAAAAUGUCGAGAGCUACGGUAGAGGUCGAUUUCUUCGGGCUCAAGAAGCAGGCUCCGGAGACUAAGAUGGCGACGGCGACAUCUCCCAAGCCUAAGUUCCAGAAGUUUCUCGAUCGUCGUCGCAGUUUUCGAGAGAUUCAAGGCGCAAUUUCGAAGAUCGAUCCGGAGAUCAUCAGAUCUAUGAUCGCUUCUGGUGCUCCUAGCCAUACCAACGAAAGCGGAAGCCAGUUCGAUUCGCCCAGCAGAUCUGCGUUGGUUCCGUCCAUUCCGAGGAACGACCAGCCUCAGAUUCCGGUUCUGUCGGCCCACGCACCGGUAGCCAGGUUUAGCGCGGAGCACGUCCCUGAACCCGCUCCUAUGACGAUUUUCUACAAUGGAACCGUCUCGGUUUUCAAGGUUUCUCCCGAUAAGGCGGAGAACAUUUUGAAGGUUGCUUUAGAGGCAUCUUCCACAAAGAAGGUCGAAUCAGCACGGCGAGAUGUUUCUGUCGCUGCUUGCAAAAGACAAAAGCUCUUCGGUCAGAAUCUCGGAGGAGAUCUACCAAUCCCCAGAAGAAGAUCGCUUCAAAGGUUUCUGGAAAAGCGCAAAGAGAGAUUAGUACGAAACAUGCCGUAUUCCCCGAUGGCCUAAGACAACCUCCAGUUCGGUACAACGAAAACGACAAGACUGCUUUUGACAUAUUCAAGUUGGUUUCACACCAUGCUUUCCUCGUGAGUUCUUGGAGACUUCCUUAAAUUAUUAUUGUUAUUACGUUUAAAUCGAAUUCAGGAUGCUUUAAUAUUCUUUUUUGUUUCCCUCUUUGGCAGUCAAAUUUUAGUUAAUUUCCAAGUUUCCUUUUGUGUAUAAUAUCAUAUAGUCUAACUCUUCGUGGAUUCUGUAUCCUGUUUCUGGAAUCUUUUACUAUUCUUUAAGUGGGUUGGUCCAUUUCAUUGAUUUUGGCGUGUAGCUUUAAUUAAUGCUUUGAUAAAUUAGGUAAGAUACACGUGACUAUA